CCCCCCCAGGUCAUCAUGAACAACCACGACGAGGACACCGAGUUCAAUGACAUCCUCCGUGCGCGUGGCAUCAUCCCCCCCAAGCGUUCGGCUGGUGAGCUCGAGGUUUCCGAGGACGCCAUCGAGGCGCUCCUGGACCACACCAUUGCCCGCCACGCUGACGGUACCGCCCGUCUGGAGCGCAUGAAUCUCGAUGAGCUGGAUGAGGUCGAGGAUGACUUUGAGGAGACUCUCCUGAUGGAGUUCCGUCAGAAGCGCAUCGCCGAGAUGCGUGAGCUCGCCCAGCGUUCGCGCUACGGGUCCAUCCAAGACAUCUCCCAGACGGACUACGUCAACGAGGUGACCAACGCCCCGGCCGGGGUGCCGGUGGUCGUGCUGAUGACCACGGCCCAGGGAUCCACCGCCUGUCGCCUGGCCUCGGCUCACCUGGUUCAGCUGGCUCAGAAGUUCCCGGCCACCAAGUUCGUCCGUGGCAUUGGGUCUCUCCUGGUGCCGGGCUACCCGGACGACCGGUGCCCCACCCUCAUGGUCUACCUCAGUGGUAAGCCCAUCCGCCAGUGGGUCGGUGCCGCGGCCCUCGGUGGCCUCAACCGCACUGUCGAUGAGAUGGAGUGGAUGCUGAAGCAGGCCCGUGCCGUUGAGAGUGACAUGGAGGAGGCUCCCCGGUCGUCGACUCGCGGCGGUGCCACCGCCAGCGAUGCCCUGCGUAGCUCGAUCUUCCGCUCGCGCGACCUCGGGGACGAUGGCUACUGAUCGGAUGUUGGCCUCUCUCCUCUUUUGAGGGGAGAAAAAAAACAAGCAAAAAAAAAACAAAGCCGAUUCCCCCUCCCUGUACUUGUGAAGUAGAUGCCCCGCCCUCAACCCCCCCCCCCCCUCUUCAGGCCGGCC